GUGGUCCACAGCUCGGUGGAGGGUAAGCGCACGUCCGGGGGACGCCCCUACAGACCUCGACCUAGCUACCCAUUCCUUUCUGACGAUUUUGCUUUUUCUGACUUUGUUUCGAGUAAUGUGCAGCAGCCACCUGCCCACUCCUGGCCCCUAUGGUUCAUCCAGCUAAAGACGGCGCCGCAACCCUGGUGGUGAUCAUCACACUUCUUACUGCCGACUUUGACACUGCAACCUCGGCGGGUCGUGACCUUUUCUCAGAUCAACCCUAUAUCUGAAAAAUGCUCGCCCUGAUAUAGGCGCCGGGCAUGCUUGAACCCAGCCCUGGUCUCCCAAACCUGUCACAAGUCACUCAUACCCGACAUGAUAUCAGCAACCCACACGGGCUGACUUCUCCCUCGACUUGAGAUUUCUGGACACACCCCUCCGCUCUGGCUACCCCCUCCCCUGCCUCUGCCUCGCCUUGUGCUUGGCCUGGCCAGUGGUCUUUUCUCAUCCUCUGUGUCUACCUGACUGUACUUCUCGCGCCGGCCCUCGACGACUGAGGCAUCUCGCCUCAUAGCAUUCUCAGAAUCAGACUUCUUCUACCUUCUGGAUCCCGGUGAUGCCCCCACAGGCGACUCCACAUCCUAGAUCACUUGCUUUCCCUUGAACCUUCUUAUUUCCUUGCUCUCCUUCUUCCUAUCAUUUGCCUGCAGGCGCAUCUUCCCGCAGCUAGCCCAGCUCCAACCCUGUCGAGCCUGCCCCCAUCCCACACUACAUUGCUCUUCAGAGGACAACGACUACAACUGGCGGCUUGCUCUCCUGCGGUGACAGGGAAACUUUGACAAACUGGGUUGACUGACGUAUUCACCCGCUUCCGGGGCUGGCCAUCUUGCGACCUUGCUGGGGACUCUAGACGGGAUUCGUGGAAGUGGGAUCCUGUCCCUUCUUCUGCCUUGUCAGGAGCUCCGGUAGCGCCAAUCAUGUUCAUGUCUUCUACUUCCCGAGACGCGACCCACGCCUUAUAACUCUAAAGAGCUCGUCUGAGCCACCUUGAAAGCCACCUCGACCUUCCGUGUCAAGCUUGUCUUGACCAGAUUUGUCCACUCCGCACCUUUUACGCCUCCAGCCUGCCUCGCGUGGCGUCCAAGGUCUGGUCUAUCAUUUUGCUUUUCUACUACCAACAUAUCCCUUCCCUCACUCACCAAUAAGCACCCCAAGGCCCUUUGGUCGAAGCAUUGAGUUCUCCAAGGCGGCACUGAAGGAACGAAGUGUUGGCAUCACCGUGUUGGACGGCCACACGUAGCGAAGGAACCCGUGACGAAGCCAACGGAGGAGUUACCAGGCCUUGAAUCGCAAACGGCCAGAUAUCACCGAGGAGGCUCAUACGUCACCCCCGACCGGUGGUUCGACUGAGUCUCCACUUCUGAUCGCAAGGAGGCAGGGGGUGUGAGCCAGAGAGUCAGAGAAAGAGAAGGAAGCGCAAAGUCAACCACACAAAACUGUCCCGACGGCCUCUUAGUCGAUGAUACCUGCCAUUCAUUGGCAACAUCAGGGCUAAGACACCAUCACCGUGGAUAUCAGGUCUCUCCUCAAGGUCCCCCCCGACUCAAAUGAGUCCCCCGACUCGCCUCCCAAGCAGCCUUUCCAAGAACGAUCUUCGUCCGUCACCGCGCCUCCCCCUUCAGCGGCAGCACAAGCAGCCGCUGAUCCCUCAAGGCCAACAACCACGGCAACCUUGGCACCCGCUGCGGCCAUCUUUGGUGGUCCGCAUUCAGUCGCCAGCGUGGCUCCUUCAGUCGGAACUCUGUACGCCGCGCCGCCGCCGGCGUACCCCCCGCCAGGGGCGUACCCUUUCCUCGGAGGGGGAGGAUAUGCACCGGCGGGGGCUGUCCCGGGAGGGGGGGGAGGACAAAGGCCCGGAUCAGCAGCUGGAUCAAUAGGCCCAGGGCAGGGACCAGCGCCGUCCCCAGCAGGCAAGCGAGGCAUGCCACCGCACACGACCGAGAGCCCAGCCAAGAAACAGAGCAAGUGGUCGCCCGAGGAGGACGCGCUGAUCAUCGAACUACGAGGCAGUGGUAUGAAGUGGGAGGACAUCUCGAAGCGGCUCCCUGGGCGCAGUGCGAUUAGUUGCCGCCUGCACUACCAGAACUACCUCGAGAGACGGAGCGAGUGGGACGAGGAGCGCAAGAACAAGCUUGCCCGCUUGUACGAGAGGUUCAAGCCGGAAAUGUGGGCCAAAGUGGCAGAGGAGAUGCAAGUCCCAUGGCGCGCAGCCGAAGCCAUGCACUGGCAGCUGGGCGAGGCCGACAUGGCGCGGCGAGCCGGCGUCGUCCCCUUCUCGCUUACGUCGGUCAACAUGCAGCAGGACAACACCCGGCAGUCGCCGACAAGGGGCCACAUGCACUCCCACUCGCAAGGGAGCUUGCCAAGGAGCGACCCUCACCUGCUGGGCCGGUACGCACAACGCGGAGGGACGCCUCACCUCGCCCAGCCGCCGCCGCCGCAGCAGCAGCCGCCUCCGCCGCAGCACCAUCACCAGCAUCCGCCGCCGCCACAUGCGCUGACUAUCCCCCCGCCCAUACCUUCGAUACCGCCUCCGGGGCCGGGGCGUGGUCCACUGCCGCCAAGACGGGAGAGUCUCCCCCCGAGACAACCUCCGGCCGACCUCUACGAUCACGUCCUUCCCGCCCCGGGGCCGGGACUGGCGCCCAUUCAGACGCCCGGCGGGAGGGAGCGGGGCGGAACAGGGGCGAUGCACCUGCCGAGCGUGGCCGAGCUGACAACAGGCGUCAGCCCGUACUCGACCCCAGCGUACUCGCUGAGCCGGGCCAGCGCGAGCCCAAGUGCGACAGCCAGCCCGAGACAGUCCGCGUUGCAGGCCUCGCCUCUGGGCUACGGUGAGUCGGGCAGCAUCGGAGGGGGCGGCCCAGCCACCCCAGGGUCUGGCAAGAGAGGGCGCGCAAGUCCGGACGCUGGCAGGGAGGCGAUCAGGCGGCGGCACUAGGCGAGGUUUGGGUGCAAGACACACAGACAGACAACAAGAGGGUGGGAUCCCAAGGGCAGGGGGCCGCAUGAAAUUGGGACGAGGAUGAAAGUUACGAUGACUACGAUGAUUUUCCUUGGGAGGCUAGAGACAUUUUUCCCCUACACAUACACAGCGUCAUAAAACGAGAUGGGACGGGGGUUGUGGUUGGGAACGGACAUGGCCGGGGUUCAUAAUAGGACGAGAUGGACGGUUCAACGCUUUUCCACACAACACACACGGGCGCGAGGAUCAUACGAG